AUGCAUAAUUCAUCGACAACAGAAGGAUUCAUCUUCGAGGAACAAGUGGGAGGUGCCAGAGUUCGCUUGAUAAGUAAAAAUGUUAAGAAAGCAGAAGGACGUUUUCGUGGAAUUGUGGAACUAGUGACACUCUCCAUCGAGUUACCUACAACUAUGACAUCGCAUCCCCAGGCAGCCGAACUAUUUUCGGAAACAUUGGUGGAAUUAGCAAAAAGACACGACCCAUUCAAAACUACGAAUACAAUGGUUGGAAUAGGAAUAGAUUCAGAAGAAAACCCGACAUCAAUCAUCGGCAUACCACUUCGCGAGAUCAGAAAAGUAACGACUGAGGAAAUUGUUACAAAUCUAAGCAGAAUAUCUCAAUCAAAUAAGUCUCCACUUGAAUUGGAUAUUCCAAAGCUGGUUGUAACAUUCACAUACGUCAAUCCUCAGACGGGAACCGGAAAAAGAAAGUUUGACACGGGCUCAAUACUGGAACUAACUGCUUUCGAAAAACGCCAAAAACUUGAAGAGUUGGACAAGGAACUUUUUAACGAUUCGGAAAUGAACAAGACAAAACAAACAAGGUCGAAUAUUAUGCCAAACGAAGUUCUCGACGAUUGUCUCCCACAUGCUCUCUAUCAAGCUCAAAUGUAUUAUGAGUGGAAACACUGCCAAUCAUUAGAGAAUUUGAGGAGAUACCGUGAUUCGAUCCGAAAAACGUAUAAACGCCCAGGAAUCUGUACUCAUGUUUAUGAGACAGUUCAGAAAAUGAAAGAAAGAGCAGGAAUGACGAAAUGCAGCAACUUUGAUCGCCUGGACAUAGAACAAUUCCAAAAGACAGUGUUUGCAGGACAAUACCAAAUCACGUGCUUUGUCAAAACCUCCAAAGUACCUUACUAUGUUGGCCCAUAUCUCGGACCAGGAAAACAACUCGUUUUAUAUCUAAGUGAUGGUCAUUAUAGUGGAGUGAGAAGUGUUUGUGCAUUACUGAAGACAAGUUGCCCACUGAUUCAUCGUUUGUGCGGUAAAUCAAACUGUCCAAAAACAAAGAAAGGAGAAGAAAUUAGAUGUGAAUCAUGCACGGUACUUUUCCAUUCCCAAGAAUGCUAUGAUAACCACAGGAAAAAAGGACCAAAUGGAGGAAAAAGUCGUUGUGAUUAUACGAAAGCUUGUAAGAAGUGUAACGGUAUAUACUAUACGAAUAAAAAUAAAGAUGCCCACAAAUGUGGCGAGAAGUGGUGUUAUCGAUGUAACUGUAAGAGAACCAAAAAACAUGAUUGUUUUAUGCCGAAGUCAAUCAAGAAUGAGAAGAAACUAACUAGACAACGAGUGUACUUUGACAUAGAGAGUAGAGCAGAUGAAAAGACAGGACAACAACACCCAGUUCUAUUUGUUGCUUUGCGGUGCUGUCCAAAUUGUUCAACAGUAAUUCCAAAGGAUGUCAGCAUAACUAAAAAAGAAAUAUGCGAAAAAUGUGCUCCUGAUGGUCGUUUGAAGAUAAUAGAAUGCAUUUCACAACGUAAUAGAGAUGUAAAUGUAGCUCAAGAACUAACGAAAUGGCUUUUUGCGGAUCAUCACAGAGGUAGAGUGGUAGUAGCCCACAAUGCAUCGGGAUAUGACGCACAAUUCAUACUCGAACAGAUGAUUUCAAGCAACAAAGCAACACCGAAACUGAUUCUGGAAGGAACAAAAUUAAUUUUCAUGGAACAUAAUGGUGUACGACUGUUGGACUCUAUGAAGUUUUUAACGAUGAGUCUCGCAGCUAUGGGAAAAGCUUUUGAAAUUGACUCAGUCAAAGAAGAUUUCCCGGUUCUUUUUAUCAAACCAGAUCAUUACGAUUAUGAUGCCGACAUUCCAGAUGAAAAGUGGUAUGAUCUGAACAACAAAACAUCCUCUGUCAAGAAGCAAAUACUAAGUUUUUUGGAAAGUCAGAAAAAUGUUCCUCAGAAGUUCAAUUUCUAUAACGAAAUUGUGAAGUAUUGUUACAAUGAUGUCUAUAUUUUAUCGAAGGCAAUGAACAUUUUCGAAACAGAAUUUGAACAAAUGACCAACGUGUGUCUGUUAGAGGAAUCUACUACAGCUGCGUCAGCGGCGGCAGUGGUGUUUAGAAGAAAUCAUCUUGACCCAACAAAACCCAUAGUCCUUGAUGAAAAACCAUCUGUUUCGAAAACCAGCUCGGUUGUCAGUCAGAAAUAUCUCGCAUGGUUCAGUCAAAAAGAAGGAGUACAAGUUAACAUGUCGACAACUUAUGGGGAAGAAAAGAUUGGUAAAUAUAGAGUAGACGGUUUUGUACCACCGUGUGAAAAAUAUCCAAAAGGUUUGGUAAUCGAAUUUCAAGGAUGUUAUUGGCAUGCUCAUGAUUGUACGUACGCUGAAGAAUCUGUGAUAUCUGGUGAAAGUGCAAGAGAUAUCAGAGCAAGAGACGAGGCAAGAUUUGAAGACUUAAAACAAAUACACCCAGUAAAGAUAGUAUGGGAAUGUGAAGUAAAUCAAGAACUUCUCAAAGAUAGUGAAAUGGCAAAGUUUUUUGAAGAGUAUGAGCCUGUGGGAAUACUUCAUUGUGAAAAGUCACUUGUGGGUGGAAGAACAGAAGUGUAUCGCUUGCAUGCUAACAAUGUCCGUCAGUUUCUUCGUUACUUGGAUGUAGUGAGUCUUUACCCCACUGUAAUGAAGCACGAAGCAUUCCCAAUUGGAUCACCGGAAAACGUUCAAAGAAAAGACAUGAAAAGUGUGAUGACGAAACCAGAUGAUAUACCAUUUCGAGGAUUCUUGAGUUGUAGAGUAUUGCCUCCAAAGAAUUUGAAACUUCCAAUACUCCCAAUGAAACUAUCUGGAAAACUACUUUUUUGUCUUUGCAAGAAAUGUGCUGUUGAAAUGUGUAAUCAGGAAUGCAAACACAGUGACGAAGAGAGGUCCUUCAAUGGUACCUUUACAACCAUUGAACUCCAAAAAGCUCUAAGCUUGGGUUAUAUCAUAACCAACAUUUAUCACGGUUUGAAGUAUAGUCAUUGGGUACAAAACGAUGAAAAAGGUGAAGGUGGACUCUUCACGUCUUAUAUAAAUCAGAUGAUGGAAGAAAAAAUUUAUAGUUCCGGCUGGCCUUCAAAUGUCAAGACCGAUGAAGAGAAGGAUGCGUUCUGUAAAGCUUAUUUGGAAAAGGAACACAUCCACCUGACUGACCGAAGACGCUUCAAGAAAAACCCAGGAAAACGUGCCGUAGCUAAACUGAUGCUCAAUUCAUUGUGGGGUAAAUUUGCACAGAACGUCGAUCGAGAAACUACAACAAUCAUCACUGAUCCGUGCGAGUUUUGGAACCUGGUGUAUGACACCAGUGUAGUUAUUUCCAUAGUCCGAUGUGUAAAUGAUGUUCUUGUUGUUAAACAUCGAAAACAACAGGAAACACUCCAAAGUUUGAAGACAAGUGCAAUGCAACUUGCAUCCUACACAACAUCGUACGCCCGUCUUCGACUUUACCGAUUUAUGGAAAUGGUUGGUGGAGAAAAUAUAAUCUACACAGACACCGAUUCCAUCAUUUACGCAGUACCGGAAGGCACAAAAGAUCCGUUGGAAAUGGAAGUUGGACCUUAUCUCGGACAGCUUACUGACGAACUAAGUGGCGAGAUGACGGAGUUUGUCAGUCUAGGACCAAAGACUUAUUGCUACAGAGACCUAAUGAAAAACAAUGAAGAGAAGAUUGUCAGAAAGGCCAAAGGAAUUACGAUGAGCUCACAGGUAGAGAAGUAUGUAAACUUUGAAAUGAUGAGAGCGAUGGUCGACGAAGCCAUCAAUAACACCGGAGAGCGAACGGAACAUCUUCUACCUCAACACACUAUUCGUAGAGAUAAUUCUCACAAAAUGUAUAGUAAAAACACUGAAAAGGUAUUUAAGUAUACAUUUAACAAGAGAAGACUCUUAGGCAAUGGGACUACAUUACCAUUUGGUUACUGUCAACUUUGA